UCACAGCGGUGAUGGUGUGUCCUUCCGUGUGCCUCAGCCAGCUGAUACCCAUUUGUUCCUGCCACCUGAUUUUCACUUGGUUGAGGUCCUGUCUUCACUAUAAAGGACGGUUGACAUUCAGGGAUGUGGCCAUAGAUUUCUCUCAGGAGGAGUGGGAAUGUCUGCUGAACCCAGCUGAGCGGAAACUGUACACGGACGUGAUGCUGGAGAACUACAGGAACCUGUGCUCCCUGGGUCUUGCUAUCUCUAAGCCAGACCUAAUCUCCUUUUUGGAGAGAAUGAAGAAAGCCUCGGAUGUGAAGCAAGAAAAGACAGUGUCCAUCCACCCAGUUAUGCCUUCGGAAGACACCCAGGGCUUGUUGCCAGCACCGGACAUGGAAGAUUCAUUCCACAGAAUGCUUCUGAGUACGUGUAAUGGAGAGAGGAGUUAUCAAUUCAAUGACUCUUGCAAAAACUUUAGAGAAGGGUCAAAUCCUAAUAAGUAUCAGACAACUCAGUAUCCAGAGAAACAUUGUACAUAUGGGAAUGUCUUUGAUCAAAGCUCAAAUCUUAUAUAUCAGAAUCGUCAUAUUAUAGAGAAGACAAAGAAAUAUAGUGAAAGUGACAAAUCUUUGAACCGAUCUUUAAAUCUUACUGAACAUGAGAAUAUUCAUACUUGGGAGGAAUCUUACAAAUGUAAGCACUGUGGGAGAGUCUUUAUUCGAUUACCCAGUCUAAACAGAUGUAAGAAAAUCCAUACUGAAGAGAAGGCUUACAAGUGUAGAGAAUGUGGCAAAGCCUUUAUUCGGCGUUCACAUCUUACUAGACAUGAGAGAAUUCAUACUACAGAGAAACCUUACAAAUGUGAACAAUGUGGCAGAGCUUUUACUCAGCGUGCACAUCUUACUGUACAUGGGAGAAUCCAUACAGGAGAGAAGCCUUACAAAUGUGAACAGUGUGGCAAAGCCUUUAAUGGGCGUUCACAUCUUACUACACAUAAGAUAAUCCAUACUGGAGAGAAGCCUUACCAAUGUAGAGAAUGUGGUAAAGCCUUCUUUCGGAGUUCAAGUCUUACUCAACAUCAGAGAAUUCAUACAGGAGAGAAGCCUUACAAAUGUGGAGAAUGUGGAAAAGCUUUUAUUUACCGUUCACAGCUUACUACACACGUGAGAAUUCAUACUGGAGAGAGACCUUACAAAUGUGAGCAAUGUGGCAAAGCCUUUAACCGGUGUUCACAUCUUAGUCUACAUAAGAGAAUUCAUACUGGAGAGAAGCGUUACAAAUGUACAGAAUGUGGAAAAGCCUUUAUUCACCGUUUACAGCUUACUCGACAUGUGCGAAUUCAUAAUGGACAGAAAUUUUGUAAGUGAAGAAUUUGGAAAACACUAUUGUAGGACCUAGAGCCUCCUUCAAUAUCAGAGAAUACAUACUGGAGGGAAAUUCUCCAUUUCUAAUAGGUGAUGAAAGACCUGUGUCAAAAAUAUACACUUCAGAAAACCCAAAGAAUUUUUGCAAUAAAGUGACUUUAAAGAUGUAAAAAAAUGUGGGGAAGUGUUCAUCAAAAAUCAAAUGUGGAAUAUCAGAAUUGACAUUAGAGAGUAGUAAGUCAAGAACACUCUUCACAGCUUACCUUAAAUCAGAAUACUUAUAGUAAAUAAGCAAAAGUUAAAAAACUUAGAAAACUUUCUUAGUAUGUUUCAAUUUAAGAAACGGAGGAAUGUUGGACAGGUAUUAUUACUUUCAAUGUAUUUUUAUAUAUUGACAUUACUCAACGAUUUUGUUUUUCAAAAGGAAAUAUUAAUGUAAAUCCUCUCUAAAGUCACUUGACACUGUAUUUUUACACCUAGUGUGUGGUGAAUAAUGGCUUGAUUGUGGCUCCCUCAAAGAGCUGAGAGCCCUUGUAUGUUGGAUGCGAUUCACUCAGAUCUCCUUUUCUCUGGAAUGCUGACAGCACUGUAAUACACAAUAUAUGAAGAAAUCUAAAUGGAGAUGCUGUUUGGUUGACUUAGAACAUUGAUGUAAGUCACCGUGAAGUUGGUGUUCAGAGCAUCGUUCUCUGCAUUAAUGUAACACGGGAACAUUCUGAAUUUUAACUAGUUUUACCUGUUGUUCUUUAAGGAAAAUAGGUGGCAGUUCAUUAAAACCAUAAUGUAUUUUUGUAGUAGCGAAAGAUAGGCGUCGUUGAGUAUUAUAUGAUGUGGUUGAAAUAAAGAAGUCCUCAGAGGUACCUGAGAAAAGUACAGAAACUCAUACCUAAGUGCAUAAUUAUUGUACAUUCAUGUUUCCUAAACAAUGAGCCUCAGUCUUCAAACCCAUGGAAAACAGAGCUCUAAGGUUACUAUAUCAGAACAACCAGAAUGCUUCUUAAAUGCUUGUAUCUGUAUUUUGUCCAUAGAUCUUAUAGGAUGUUUACCAUGCUUUAUUUAGACUAUGUGCGAACUUUUAUUUUUAAUAAAAAUGCGAAUGAUUUUUAAUGUACUAACACUGAUGUGUAGUCAAUGACUUGUUAUCCUGCCACCUACGUUAACCUUUCCCACCUUAGUCACAGUGGUAAUCAACAAUUGCUAUUUGGUGAUGCUGUGGAAUGAGAGCAUUAGGAAUCCCUUUUCUUUGUGUUC